UAUAUACUAAUAUCUAAAUGCAUACACGAUCCAGAGGAUUUGAUGUGCCUUAGAAUCUUGUUCUUUCUUUAUUUGCGUUUUUGUAAAAAUAGGAGUCAUACUGUACACUGUAAGCCUGUAACAAUAACCACAUACAGAGAACUGGUAGUAGGGAUGCAUGAUAAAUGUUUUAUUUUCUGUCUGAAAUAAUAAAUGUGCUCUUUAUAUUGAAGUCAUUAGUUCCUGCCUUCCUGCUAUGCCAAGGACAUUAAAUUUUUGGGCCAACAGAAAUUAUUGUAGCUCACAAAAGAAAGGUAUCCAUUACCAGGAUUGCCAAAUCCUUCAGAACAACAUCAUGUCAAUUAAUGACAGUCAUAUCCAAAAAGAAUAUUUGUACAAGAACACCCAAUAUAUAUGUAGAUGCCAAGCCCAUGAAAGAAUAAGAAGCAAAGGAAUCACCAGUAUGUGCUUGAGUUCCGAAGCCACCAUGUUUAAGUUAUUUGCAGUUCUUCUCCCAGUGCUCUUCUUGAGCUUUGCCAUGGCAUGGGCACAGCCAGGGAACGUGACCGGCCUGAGCUUCCAGAUUGUCGCCCUUAGCAGAGCCCCUGACGAGCAUGCCAACAAUUUAUCUUCCUUUGCCACCGACGACAUGCGCCUGCCGAUCUUGACGUCCGCCCGGUUUGUCUACGGCGUGUUCGUGUCGAUCGGCACGGGGCAAGGCUUCAAGCUACAGGUCCUCGGGCUCGACACCAGCACCAGCAUGUCGUGGGUGAUGUGCGAGCCAUGCCAGCCGUCGCUGCCACAGGCCGGCCACCUCUUCUCGCCGGCCGCGUCGCCCACGUUCCAUGGUGUCCACAGCAAUGACCCUGUCUGCACGGCGCCGUAUCGCCCCACGGCAAAUGGCUGCUCCUUCCGCUUCCCGUUCGCCAGCGGGUACCUCUCUCGCGACACCUUCCACCUGCGCAACGGCGGGUUGUCGGGCGGCGCACCCAUCGAGUCCGUCCCCGGCAUCAUGUUUGGCUGUGCGCACUCCGUCGCCGGGUUCCACAACGACGGUACCCUCGGCGGGGUGCUCUCCCUAAGCCAUCUGCGGCUCUCGCUGCUGACGCAGCUCAGCGCACGUGCCGGCGGGAGGUUCUCCUACUGCCUCCCCAAGCCCACCCAGGGCAACCCCCAUGGCUUCCUCCGGCUCGGCGCCGACGUCCUGCCGCCGCUGCCGCACUCCCACAUGACCGCCCUCACCGUGCGCUCCGGAUCAGCCCCAGACUACUACCUUAGCCUCGUUGGCAUCACCCUGGCAGAAAAGCGCCUCCGCAUCGACCCGCGUGUCUUCGCCGCGGGCCGCGGCGGCUGCAGCAUCAACCCAGCAGCGACCAUCACCGCGAUCAUGGAGCCGGCGUACCUCGUCGUGGAGAGAGCGCUAGUGGCAUACAUGAAGGAGCUGGGGUCGGAUCGUGUGAAGAAGGGGCCGCCGGGUGGCGGCGCCCUCUUCUUCGACCGGAUGUACAAGUCGGUGCAGGCGCGGCUCCCCAGCAUGGCGUUCCACUUCAAGGACGGCGCCGAGCUGUGGUUCACGCCGGAGCAGCUGUUCGAGGUGCACGGCAUGGUGGCAUGGUUCAUGAUGGUGGGCAAGGGGUACCGCCGGACGGUGAUCGGCGCCCCGCAGCAGGUGAACACUCGGUUCACGUUUGACGUCGCCGCCGGGAGGCUGUCCUUUGCGUCGGAGCUGUGCGGCUAGCAAGCCGAGACGCGCCAGCCUAACUGCCUAAGCUUUACCCUUCUACUCUGGUAGUAUUAGACAAACAAUAAAAAGGUGCAUUUGGACUUUAGCCAGCCUAACAAUCUUUUGAAUAUUUGGAUUCUGAAUAAUGGAUGAGAAGAAAGAUAUACUGAUCUGCAAAUGGCUCCCACUGAUCAAUGAGGAAUGUAUGGAGCACAGUACAACUGUACAAGUAGAUGAUCUGUGAUUCAGACUUCAAAUGAAGCACACUAGAAACAACAACGAAUUCAAAUAGAAAUGCAAUGGCAUGCUUUCUUCAUAUAACUUGACACUUGUGUCAUAUACUGCUAUGCU